AUGCCGUCGCCUGUUUUAUUCGCAGACAUGGGCAAUCGCGUAUACUAUCAGCCAGGCGCACGAGUUGGCAUUGCAUUAGUACAACCGACAAUCACUGUUGAGCGAGAUGACCCUGUAUACUAUAUUUCAGCAAGGUUUAUUCUUGAGACGGUUAUCGUUGAGCCUCAACCGAUGCCCAAGAGGAAAUGGCACUUCCUGAAUCUAAUUCAUCUGACUUGCCAGAGUCAUCAUACCGACGUUUGUUUGCCCGAAUCAGAUGCCACGCCAGCCAUGAAAAUAACAAGUACGCAAUCUCGAGGUUGGCAAGCCGGGGGUGGUGUCACAGCAGGUCCUACCCCGGGUGGGAAUGUCAACUUCAGCAUCGUCGGAAAUAUAACAAUUACCCGCGAUACCCAAACUGGAUCUUGGGGGCUCGUUGCUUUUAAAGAACCUCUGCAUAACGUUUGGCAUUGGGAAUCCAAAACGAAGACAUUAGGAUACGUUCCCGACGAUGUAAAAACAAGCAUGCGUCGAGCCAUCACGGUUACUCGAACGCGCCCAAUUGCCACUGUGAAUGCAGAAAAUGGCCCUGUGGAAAGUUUCAACUUCCGUGUCAUUAUUGUCCCAAGCGAAUGUGGGCAUGGAUUUCGUUUUAACGCAUUCCAUUACUGGCAGCAAUGCACAAAUUCUGAUCCUGAGCGUGGAUUCCACACAAUAUGGAACCAUGGAGAACCUGGCCCUGCAGCAGAUAUCCAAUUCACUCUUCUGUUGAAUCAGACUGCGAGACCGCACUUACCACUGUCCAAAACAAUCAGACUUAAUGAACAGCUAGCAUCUCUGAUAAGUUCAAAUAAACCUAUUCUUCCGGGCUCCCUGGUUGAUCAUAUCCAAGCAAAUGAGCAAGAACUAUUCGCAUACUUGGGUGCCGCGCCAAUGGGUCGCUGCCUCAUACAGUCAAGAUAUGGUGCGUCAGAGAUCAUAAACCUUUAA